ACAAAAAUAUCAAAAUCCCGUGUAUCUUUCUUACAACAUCUUCUUCAUUCUCAAUAUUCAAGAAUCAAGGAGUAGUUGGAAAUAUGAGUUCAAGUAGCAGAGCAUGGAUUGUUGCAGCUACUAUUGGAGCUGUGGAAGUACUGAAAGACCAAGGUGUCUGCAGAUGGAACUAUACCGUAAGGUCGGCCGUGCAGCAUGCCAAGAACCAUAUCAGGCCUGCUUCACAGGCCAAGACUCUCUCUUCUCAAUCAUCAGCUGCGAUUUCAAAGGGACUGAGCAAGGAUGACGCUUCUAAACAAUCAGAGGAGUCGUUGAGGAAGGUCAUGUACUUGAGCUGUUGGGGUCCCAACUGAAUCGUUUAACUAGCUCAUCAAUCUUUACAAGAAAACAUCCUUUGGGUGGUGAAGUGAAUGGUUAACUACUCGUGAGUGCAAGCUUUGGUCAUUUUAAAGAAGACUUUGAUCUUGAGGACUGAACGAACAAACUGAGUUGGGGAGGCAUGCAGGGUUGGGUUGAGGACUA